ACGGUGCAGGUCAAGAUCGGCGCCUAUAAAUGUGCCCGGCGAGGUCGAUCGGUACGUUCAGUAGCGAAGAUGGUCUGGAAGCGUGCGGUGAUCGUGGUUGGGAUCUUGGCGGAGGUGAUCGUGGCGUAUCCGUACGCCAACGGGUAUCCGUACAGUUCGUCGCCGGUGCUGGCGGCGGUCGUCGGGACGAAGGUCACCGUUGGUGGUUCGGCCAAGGGAGUGACUGGGGGUGUGAAGGACUUGCGGGACUUUCAUCGGGAUCACGUGUUCGAGGGUGGCGACAAGAUCAACUCGGCGGCCGAUGCGGUGCGUUACCACGCGUUGGACAAUGUAGUGAACGGUCAUCGCGUGGCGGACUCGUCCAAGGGGGGUUCGGUGGACAAGGUGAAGCACCUGGCCGGGGAGAACUUCGAGGCGGACAAGUCGCACAACCGGAAGCAGAUCAAGUCGGGGUUCUCCAACUCGUACCACAAGGACGAAAACGGCAGCAAGAGUUCGUACUACGAGGACUCGGACGAUCGCGGCGGCAAGCAGGUCUACGACAACCGGCACAACCUGCGCAACAACUACAACGAUCACCUGUACAACAAGGAGCUGCGGAACGAUCAACUGCGCGAUCGGUACGACGAUCGCUUCGGCGGAGUUGAUCUUCGCGGAAGGGGAGACCUGCACCACCAGGCGGCCAGCGAUCGCGGGAACCUGCACGACUACCGGGACGGAUUCCACGCGGAUCGCGACUACGAUCAGCGAUCGUACCACCACGAAGAACAACUUCCGCCGUUGGUGCCGGUGCGCAACUAUGACGAGCUGUUCCAGCGGAAGAGCUUCUACGAGCCGAGGCCAAUGUUUGCGACGGCACCGAGGGCGCCGAUCACGGUGUACGAAGAUCCGCGCGAGUACGCGUACCGGGAUGAGUAUCAUUACUCGAGGCCGCGGCCGGAAGGAAGGUUGGCGGCGGCGGAGGAUGGGUUCAUGAGGAGGUUCGAUCAGGAUUUUGGCGACAGGACUAGGAUUAUAUUUAGGCCGAGUCCGCUGCUGAAUUAUCGGAGAUAUUGA